GAUAUGUCUUGCAUUGGUUCUCGGAUAAAGUUUUAUGGUUCAUAAUAUUUUUUCUAAGGAAGGAGGAGAAAGAUUUCGCUAGUGCAAAGGUUCACUUGAGACGUCAUCAACAAGACGUAAACAUCAUGUGCGGCUCAUAAUCAAGCUGAAAACAUAUCUGUGGCAACCCGGCCGAUUUUCCUUGGCUCCCCGUCCCCCUCACUCUCGCGUACGAGCCCCGGGCCAUGGCUGAGGAGGACUAUGGGCGCUUUGUGGACUGGGGCCAGAUGGGCGACCAGGCCAAGAGUGGCGAGCCCAGCAAGUUGGACUGCAAGGACCCUCGGGAGCUGAAGAAGCUGGCCAGGCAGGGCUUCUGGUCCAAGAACCACAAGCUGCGGGCCCAGGUCUACCACCAGCUGAUCAAGGCCAUCCCGUGUCGCACGGUCACGCCAGACGCCGCGGUCUAUCGCGACAUUGUGGACAGCGUGGUGGGCAAGAAGGCCCCCACCAGCAUCCCCCUGCCGGAGAUUGUGGAUGGGAACCCUGUGCCCAAGUACUGCCUGAAGGUGGAGGGGGUGGGGGCGGCCCACAAGAUAAUGUCGUGCGUGGCCAGCCAGUUCCCGGACAUCUCGCACUGCCCGGCUCUGCCCGCCAUUACGGCUCUGCUGCUGCACUUCAGCCCCGACGAGGCGCACUGCUUCGAGCACGUGUGCCGCCUGCUGGCCUGCAACGAGCCCGGCCGCCGUCUCCUGGACCAGACCUUCCUGGCCUACGAGUCUUCCUGCAUGACCUUCGGCGACCUGGCCAACAAGUACUGCCCUGUGGCUCACAAGCUGAUAGUGGCCACCGCCCAGGACGUGCUGGAGGUGUACUCCGAUUGGAUGGGCUGGGUGCUGGGCGACCUGCCCUUCCCCCAUGCGGCCAGGGUGCUGGACGUCUUCCUGGUGGAGGGCUACAAGGUGCUGUACCGCGUGGCCCUGGCCCUCCUCAAGUUCUACCGCAAGCAGAGGGCGGGCCAGCAGCAGGCUUCGGCCCAGGACACGGGGGCAGUGCGGGACGGCAUCCAGGCCUUUGUCCAGGGCAUCGGCUCCUCUGUGUCCCCCGACAAGCUGCUGGAGAAGGCCUUCGCCAUCCGCCUCUUCAGCCGCAAGCAGAUCACCCUGCUGCAGCUCACCAACGAGAAGUCCCUGCAGCAGAAGGGCAUCACUGUCAAACAGAGAAGGCGGAAUGUGCAGCUGGCCGUGAACGCGGACAACUUCUCCUCCGAGAUCGUCGGCGCCAAGGAGAUGCGGGACAUCUGGUCGUGGAUCCCCGAGCGCUUCGCCCUGUGUCAGCCCCAGCUCCUCUUCACCACAGCCAACCACGGCUGCAGCCUCAGCAGGUUCUACUCGCAUUGUCAAGGCUAUGAGCCCACUCUGCUGCUCAUCAAGACUACAGCUGCAGAGGUGUGUGGGGCUUAUCUAUCCAGCGACUGGGAGGAACGCAAGCGGGGAGGUGGCAAACUCAGCUUCUUCGGGACCGGAGAGUGCUUUGUGUUCAGGCUGAAGCCGGAGAUGGAGAGGUACGAGUGGGUGGUAAUACGUCACCCAGAGUUGGCCUCCGCCGCCCAGCCCAAAAACGAGGAGUCCUCGGAGGAAGGGGUGCCCGCCCAGCCCCAAAACUCAGAUGAAAACACCCUCCCAGUGGCCGAGUCCCAGGGCGACCCCACCGACCGCCUCUCGCCCUUCCUCUCCACUCGACAUGUCCACCCCAACUCCAGGAACACCUCCAUGUUCAUGGCCGGAAAUAUGGAGUCCAUCAUCGUGGGAGGGGGCGACGGCAACGCCUUGUACAUCGACGCGGACCUGAACCACGGCCGCACUGCGCGCUGCACGACGUUCGACAACCCGCCACUGUGUAGCGAGACCUUCCAGGUCUCCCUGCUGGAAGUGUGGGGCUUCCAGGACGGCAUGGCGUCCUAACUGGAGCUGAGACGGAGAGGGAGCGGCCCUGACAGCACUGCAGCGCGAUGUAGCAUCCGGUUCUUCCCAGCAUAUCAGUUUAACAGGGCAUUUCCGGUUUCAAAAUAACCAAUCAUUGCCCCCCCCCCCCCCCCCCCAUUAGAUUGCCAAUCAGAACCAAUCAGCUUGAUUUAUUGUACAGCUGUACAAUGUUUUACAGAGGUACAGAGUGUUGGUCCUUCAACUGUAUAUUUUGAAAUGCAAAUUUAAGUUACAAUAGUCUUGUAACAAUGUUUUAACAGAAAAAUCUUACCUAUUGUACCUGUAAGAAAAUGUUCAAGCACAUUUAUAAUAAGACCAGCUAACUUUUUGAACCUUACCCAAUUUCGUAGUUUGCAUAGUACCAGCUACGUUCCGAACAGGUGUAGAUGCAUACUCUUAAAAGCUGCAUUAAACAUACUCAAGCACGUCAUACUGUAUAUACCUGAACAUACAAGACCGGUAUAUAUUUCUUUCAGAAGUUUAUUCACAGUUAAUUUUUCAAGUACAUCAAAAAUAACCAGGGAACCGGAAAUACGCUGCGGAAAUUCUACACUGGGGAAAAAUUCUACGCUACACUGUACUGGGGCUGGGUGAGAGAUCUGGAAACCGAUACUUUUGUAGAGUCCAGGGCUAUGAUGCAGCAAGUGUGAUGUUAUAGUCUUAUCUAUUUAUUAAGAAACAAGCAAGCACAUAUACAUAUGCAUUUUUAUCAUAAUUAGUAAAAUGUCUUGUUUACAUUUUUUUUUUGUUACAGAAUUUUAGUAAAAUACAGUAUCUCAAUAUUUCUUUUUUAUCGUUUUGUUUGCUUGAAGUGUACCAACGUUCCGUCAAAAUGGGCAGUGAUAUUAAGAACCAUUGUAGCUACACACUGUUCUUUGUGCAGUUACCUUUCAUUCUGUUUUUCUUUUUAUUAUAUGCAGUAUACCGUAUAAUUGCCCGUUUUGCACAGAGCAAUCAUGUAGACACUUAGGUUUCUUUUAGCAAAUUGGCUGCUUACCAGUGGCCAAAUACCAGCUCUAAUCCGGUAUGGAAUAAACCCAUAAAAGCCAUCUUUGGUGCUUUUAGUGCAGUGUAUAAUGAUUAAAUAUUGGCUGUUCUGUGGAAACAAAUAGUUUGUUUUUGUCUGUAAUGUAUGCAGUUUUUGUACAUAGUCAAUUGAAUUUGAGGUUUGUCCAAAAAUGAAUGGUUGCACUUUAAAGUGUCCUAUUGAUUUGGGGGAAAUAAUUAUUUACCAUACAUUUUAAAGAUACUUUAUUUGUCUCAUGCUUAUACAAGAAUGUACAGUGAAAUCUUUCAACAAGUUGUUUUAAUGGGAGCUCAAAAUUCAUUCAAAUGUUACUGAUAAAAGGUUAGUGAAUUUACCCAGGCAAAAUUUGCAAUGUAUCAAACACUCUGGUGUAAUGCCCGUUGUACUACACCAUAUCUAACCAAAUGCUCUUUUUUUAUAAUACUGCCGUUUAUUUACUCAUGAACUCACAUAUUUUGUAUUUCAAGCACAAUCUUUCUAUUUACCGCCGUUGUCCUAAUUAUCAGGGAUAUACCGAAACACUCAAUGUUGUAUCGUAGUACAUAGUCAUAUACUAAUGUUCUUUUUGUGAGUUUACUACCCUCUGUAUGUGGUUCUUGGUAUGAGAAAAAAAAAUCUGAACUAGAGAUUUUUUUUGUGUUGAGUGUGUAUUUUUCAUGAAGUAAGCCGAUUUUUUUUUUCAUUGAAAGUGUUUAUGGAUCUGAUUAAGUCCAUAUCAGCACAAAACUUGCACUUACGCUAAAAUGUAUUAUGCAAUUUGCUCUAAGUUUGGAUUUACAUUGAAUUAUGGUAUUUCGGAGAUACUUAUCCUGAGCAACUUGCAUAACUGUAUCCAAAACGGUGUAGGCAACAAAUACCUGAUGCUGUUUAAUGCUCUGUGCUAUACUCCUAAUGCCAGCAGAUCGUAUUGAAGAAGUGACUUGAGAUGAAGUAUUGGUGAUUUAACGGAUCAACUCGGUUGUGUAUCAAUGUAUUGUGACAUGUAUUGUUAAAUGUCCCAGUGAUGUGAGUAAUUAUAGUAUUUGAAAAACAAA